AUAAAAGGUAAAAACCUAAAAUAAAAAUCCUUAAUCGAAUUGGAAUUGGAUGGAUUAGUUCGGUUUAAUUAGCCGUCUUGAAUUUGUUUUGAACGUUUAUAAAAGUAGAGGAUUUUUUUUUUAAACAAAAAAUUAUCUGAGUGCCAUUAAAAAACUCAAAUAAGGUUGUGAAAUUUUUGUGUUGGGAGGUUUCUACCUAGAAUAUAUUUUGGUAAAUUCUGCAAAGGCUUGCUUGCCUCUAUCUCAUCUCUCUCUCAGCUAGGGUUUCAAUUUUCCAGUUCGCCCGAGUCAUCCUCAAGUGAGUUGAACAAUGGGCAAGAGGAAGUCCAGAGCAAAGCCUCCACCUAAAAAGCGUAAUGACAAGCUUGAUACUGUUUUCAGCUGCCCCUUCUGUAACCAUGGCACCAGCGUUGAAUGCCGCAUUGACAUGAAGAAUUUGAUUGGCGAAGCUAUCUGCGGGAUUUGCCAAGAAAGCUUCAGUACUACAGUGACAGCUUUAACUGAGGCAAUUGACAUAUACAGUGAAUGGAUCGACGAGUGUGAACGUGUUAACAAUGUUGAAGAGGAUGGUGCUUAGAAGGAAAAUGUUGUGGUGGAAAUGGAAGUUGCGGCAUUGAAUAGCUAGCAAUGAUUCAAGCCUGUAAUUAUAUUAGCUGUACGUGGAAGCAAUAGUCCCUUGUGUCUAGGUUAUAUCAUCUUAGUAGCUGAGUGUAUAAUUUCAUGUAAGUGAAGGUCCAGGAAAGCAACUCCACACCUACCUGGAACCAUGACCCAAUGGGUUUCUUAUUGCACAAUGUCUUGCUAUAUUCCAAGCUUAUAUAUGUAUAAACUGUGUACUGUUUUACUCUAAA